AUGCGAAAAGCAAAUAUUUUAUCAUUUACUAGAGAUGAAACACCAAAACCAUCUAUUGAUAGAUAAAGACAUGUUCAUCGUCAAAUGGCCAUUAGUGUAGAUUCACCAAAAGAGUUUUAAUUUAAACACGCCAAUGUUGAAGAUAUCCUCUUUGUGAAACCAUCAAAUGCUUCUAAUCUUUAAGGUAAACUUUCUUCACUUAAACUCAUAAGAGUUGGAAUAUAAAAGGAUUAAAUGGUAUGGUAAAGCUGUUAAUCUAUAACAUGAUCUUGAACUUACUUUAAGACCCAAUCUAAGUUUAUUAUAAGAUAAAAAAGUUAAUGAAUCUAUUCAAGAAUCUGAAGAUCGAGUUAUCAGAUAAUAAUCAACUAAAUGUAGAUUCACUGAUAAAAUCUCUAAUAGAUCCUACGAACUAGAGCAUAAAGGAAGAUAUUUAGAUUAGAAAUGCGCUUUCCAAGAUAAUUAUACUAUAUAUUCGAAAUAAUCAUUUAAAAUCAAAACAGGUAUGUAUGAAUAAUUUAAAAAUGCUUAACUUCUCUAAAAAAGAGGUAAUUAAUAUGAGUAUUUUCUUUAAAAACCUAAUUAUUAUGAUUAUAGCAAAUAACAAAGUAUUAGGAAAUCUUAACAUAAACCUAAAUUACUUAAUAAAUCAGAUAACUGCAAUACACUUUUUGAUACUCCAAUAAAAUAUUAGAAUGAAUUAAAUUUUAAAAUUGCUCGAAAUUAAAUUCUUUAAUCAAUUGAAUCACAAAAAAGAAAAAGGGCUAUUUCAGAAUUUUGA